ACGUGCUGCUAAAAACAGACAAAAAAAUCAACAAUUCAUAACUAAACCUGAUUGAACCCGUGAAAUUAAAACGUUUUAGUAUAAUUAUGCAGAUGUUUUGGGUAGAAAUGGGAGCUGCUUCAGUGUGAGAUGUAGCUGUGAGGACAUGGAGGUGCAUUGUAAAUGAAGUGGAGAUGAAUGUAUCAGGUAGGCGCAGUAAAACUGGAUCUGCUCGAUCUAAAAACGAAGAACAUGAAGAUAAAUCAUCAGCAGGAUCCAGUGGAUCUCUCAUUUCAACAUCUGCAGAGGAGCAGAGUGUGGAAAACACACCAUCAGCCAGAUGUCAAGCAAAGUGCAAAGCUGGUGCCGUUUGUGGCUUGUCAUUGGAAGAUGAAUCAGAGAAGACCCUAACCAUCACUGACGUAAAUGAACACGUCCCCGCCCAACGAAGUGGGAGAACAAAAAGAGGUAUGAAGCGCAAAAGAGGGACGACAGAAACGGGCUCUCUGGAGGGUGUUGAGGAGGAAGGAGAUGACGAUGAUGAUGAUGAAAUCCAACCAGAGGUUGAGAUCGACCCCGAGCUGGACCGGGAGCUGGAGAGCAAGUCACGCCAGCAUAACCUAACCUCGGCCAAUGUGCGCAGCAUCAUACACGAGGUGCUAACGAACGAGCAUGUCGUGGCCAUGAUGAAAGCCGCCAUCAACGAGACCGAACCUGUUCCUGUGUUUGAACCUAAGAUGACCCGAUCUAAACUGAAGGAGGUGGUGGAGAAAGGAGUGGUCAUCCCCGCUUGGAACAUUUCACCCAUCAAGAAGCCGAGCCAAGUAAAGGUUCCUCAGUUUGUGGACAUCCCUCUAGAAGAGGAGGACUCGUCUGAUGAAGAGUAUCGGCCCGACGAAGAGGAGGAGGACGAGACGGCGGAGGAAACACUUCUGGAAAGUGAUCUGGAAAGUACGGCGUCGUCGCCGCGCGGCACACGGCUGAGCCUCAACAGAUCCUACAGCGAAUGCGAGGGCGAGAACAGCUGCAGCCCCAGACAGACCCUGCGCAGGGCAAGGCACGUCCAGGUGGAGGUGGUGCCCAUGGGUCCCCCUCCACCUCCGCAGGGCCCGGAACCAUCACGGCACCAGUCAGAGAGCAGCUUCAUGGAGAAACUCCACGCUGUGGAUGAAGAGCUGGCCAUCGGGACUGACCGUAUGGACACUUACCAGUCCCUCACCACUAACGGAGAGGACGGCCUGAUGGCUUUCCGCACCCGUUCCAAACGGCCGCUCAGAGACGUGCCGCUGGGCCGACUGGAGGCGGAGCUCAUAGCCCCUGACAUAACGCCGGACAUGUAUGAGAAUGGCUCCGCCCCCGAGGACAGAGAGUGGACGGGGUGGCUGCAGGGUCUCAUGAACUCGGACGUGGAGAAUGAAGAGGAGGGCGACGAUGAGGACGAUCCAGAUUUCAACUUCCUGGCUGACAUCGAUGAGCCAGAUGUGGAGGACUACCGCAAUGACAAAGCGGUGCGCAUCACCAAGAAGGAAGUGAACGACCUGACGGAAGAACUGUUUGACACAUUUCAGGAUGAAUUAGCAGGUCUGGAUGAAGAAGGCCAUGAGGAAGAAGAGGAAAAGGAGGAAGAAGAGACUUCUCAACAAGACCCACCUAGUAUUUUGGAGACUAUUCAGUACGAGGAUCCUUUGGCAGACAUUUUAACCCAGAGCUACAGCACCGUGAGAGAGAAGCUGGCGGCCGUGCGUAAGCGUAAGGCUGUGUUGGAGAGUAAAGGCGUGCCCAUCCCACCUCCUCGUCCUAAACGUCCCAGCAGCCCCAUCUCUCUGUUCCUCAGCCCGGCGCAUAAGCUCCACCUUCAGCAACACGUCCAGCAGCAUGUGCAGCUCCUGACUCAGGUGAACAUGCUGUGCAGGUCAGUGGACACUCUGCAGACCGAGACCUGCACAACUCGACAGUUUCUGUCUGAGCUGCAGUUCUUUGCCCAGCGUGGGGAGCAGGCUAAUCCCGGUUUUGUCAGUAUCUUCAACUCCUGUAACCUGCAGGGUGCGCUCUCUCUUCUAGAGGAACUGGACCAGUCCGCCAAACACGACGCUCAGAACCCGUGUCCAGUAUUUCCAGGUUCCCGGAUUCCGGCUGAUCUGGCCUGGUUGAUGGCAACUCGGCCGGUGUUUCUCUACCCAGAAUUGCUUCCCGUCGUCAAGCUGCAUCCCUGCCGUCACAAAAGCCCCUUCACCGCCGCGGCGAGCUGCCUGGUGGUUUUGGGUCAUAAGCAUUUUAAGGACACCGUGCACCCUCUCAAGCUGACAUGCCACUACCUGCUGGCAGGCCGAAACAUCAAGUGCCUGAGAGAACAUGUUCGCCUCUCGUGUCGUAAGCAAAGCCCCAACGUUAUAAAGAAUUACUUUGUUGAAGGUCAGUGCCCGCCCAUGCCGCUGGCCUGUGGUCGGGUCAGUCCCACUGAUCAGCGCCCCCCACUGGAGAGAGACAGACACCUCCUGCCUCCCUGGAUUUUGGAAAACCUCAAACUAUUUUAUGAAGAAGUGCAAAAGUACAACCUGCCUUCCCCUAAUUCACAAUCUAACGUUCCUGAAGAAAGCCCGAAUUCCUCCAAAGACCAGACCUGCACGUCUUACACCUUCCCGGCUGGUACUCGUUACCCUCCCAGACUUCCUGAUUCUGUGAUUGUAACCCUUAAACCACGUGUUCCACCCGCCAGCUGCAAGAAUAAAGCCCACAGUGCUUCCACCAAACCUCCGCCGUCUGCAAAGGAUCUGGAGGAAGCACUUAGUCGCCUCCCGCCCAUUCUGCCGAAGCUCGCUGGCGACCCUGUUAAUCCUAAUCAGGCUGGUGCCGUUUCUAAGAGGCAGAGAACCCGAUUCUCUAGAAGAAGGGCUUACAGAAGGAAUUCAUCCAAUAUCAACCCAGGAAAACUCAUCGUAGGUCUUGCAGCCACAUCGGCUGGUGUACAAGCACCAAAUAUAGCGCCGAUGUGUUCAAGCCAAGGAAGCAUCAUAAUGGCGCUGCCGACUGCCUUCAUAUAUCCCACCUCCACCCCCCAAACCCAACCGCUAUCUGCCUCAUUAGCUAAUGAGAACAUGAGUCAGAGAUGUGGCACCUUACUCAAACUCAGCAUGGACCAGAAACUUCUAAAGCCUCUGGCUACAUCUCAGUCCUCACAGUUUCUCAUCCUGCCUCCAGGAUAUGUGGUCACCAGCAGCUCCCACAGCCAGGCCGCUCAGCUGAACCCAAAUGACGAUCAGAACGUUGCGGUUUCACCACACGAACCCCCAAGAAGGAAAGCAGAAGGAGAAGAGACCGAGCUCGGUGAAAUCGUCGGCAACGACGAGGAAGCGGAGGAUUGUGCCGGGAGGUUUCUCGGGAAACCGUUCCUCACCCUGUCUGAAUCUUCUGGAAGCCCUGCGCCAAGCUUAGAUGAGGGAGAUGAUGCCACGGAAGUGGGAGACGGAAAGGAACAGACACACAGAGCAUCUGCACAACCAGGUGGGAUCGCAGAAGAGACAAAUACUUCUAAAAACUUAAUAGAAGUGACCAUGGCUGCUUCUGAAACAUCUGUACUGUGUCUGCCAGAGGUUCAGGAAUCACCGAAGCUGCCGUCAGAGCCGGGAUCUGAACAAACAGGACCCUCGGAUGCUGACAGAUCAGAACCUCGUGCUUCAGCAGAGACGGCUGAGAAGACGCCAAAAUCGGAGCAUCUUCACGACCAAACGUCCGACGAUCCUCGGAGGGAUAUAAAAGACAUAGCGUUCGCGCAGGCCUACCUGGAGAAGGUGUGCGAGGCUGUGCAGGUGGAGCCAGGGAAGGUGGAGGAGUUCCUGAACGUGCUGUACGAGUUCGAGAGGGACUCCGAGGGCAGGACGGCGGUGGAGCUCUACGCGAGGCUUAAACCCGUGCUGAGCGACUGGCCCGAGCUGCUGCGAGAUUUCGCGGCUUUUCUGCACCCCGAACAAGCCCAGGAAUGCGGCCUGCUGGCGGAGCAGCAGGCGUUCGAAAGGAGCCGGGCGUUCCUGCGGCAGCUGGAGCUCACUUUCGGCGAGCACUCGGUGCACUACAGGACGGUUGUACGGACUCUGCAGCAGGGACUCCCUAAAACCCGGCGCGGCUCAGAGGAGAUGAAAGCCAAGUUAGCUCUGCUGUUCCGUGACCACGCCCACCUGCUGGAGGAGUACUGGGUGUUUUUGGAGCAGCUCCACCCCACCGUGCAGCAUGAAGAGGAGGAGGAAGAGGAGGCCGACACUCAAGACGUCUUCAGUCACGAGCUUAUCGGGUCGCACUCGAAAACCGAGAGGACAGAAACUCUCGAAGAUCAAAGCCACUCUGAGAAGGCUGCAGGAACAGAGCCGGAGGUAAAAGCGAGUACGGCAGGAGACGUUCAGUCCCACCUCAUCACCUCACAGAUUCCUGUGUGUGCAAAGAAUAUUUCACACAUGCCAAGCGGGAAGAAAGUGGUGCUGUGGACAAGGGAGGCUGACCGUGUGAUCCUGACCGCAUGUCAGCAGAGAGGAGCUUCUCCCAGCACUUUCACUGCUAUUGCUGCUCAGCUGGGUAAUAAAACAGCGUCUGAGGUUGGUGCACGCUAUCAGGAUCUCAUAAAACUCUUCCACAAAUCCUCAAAGCUGCAUCACACCAGCCCCGAAGAGGAACCGGACUGAGAGGAAGCAGAAAACGGUGCUCAGCUACCCACCAGACCCACUGCAAUCUCAAUUUCGAAAGUGGACAGACACGAGGACUCUCAAAACCACUCUGGACUCUUUCCUGAGCCGUAAGAAUUCUCACUGCAAGCGUCUCCGAAGGCAACAGGCAACUCGAGGAUGUAGAACGUCAGAAAGCCAGCCAGCCUAAUGUGUUCGAAUGCUAAUAAAAAGAUUGGAUUAGAA